GCUGUGUGUCGCGGCCAGGAUGAGACAGCAUGAGACUCCUCGCCCUGUUUGUGUGCCUGUCAGUGGGCUGCGUCGCUCAGAGACCAAAACAAUGCACAUCCCCUCCACUGCUGACCGGAGGCCUGUCUGUGUCCUCCCAAAAUGAGAAGCUGUUGGCUUUUGCUAAGUACAGCUAUGAUGCACUGAGACAGCGCAUCCGCCUCACAGAGUCUGGGGUUUACAGAAAUAAGACCUUCCAGCUUGAUGUACUACUCCUCUACAGACAGCGUAUUAUGUAUAAGAUUAACUCCAAGAACCAUACAUGCUGCAAGAGGCCUCUGGAUGUGAACUUCCACCCGCUGGCGAUCCCACAGAACGCUUCCCUGCUGGCACAGGUUGUGUUGGGCAGCUCCUCCGGCCCGGGACAGGGAGUCCUGGUCAACACCUGGGUGGGAGAGCAGCAGAUGAAUGAGGGGAAAGCAAAGUACAUGAGCACUGUCACCGAAUUUGGAUGUAUUCCUGUCAGCACCCUGUUUCACACCAGAAGAAAUGGAUGGAUGGUGACCAGCUUUUUUAACAACAUUGUCGGAAUAGCUGACCCUCUGCAGCUCAUCCCUCCACCUUUCUGCAAGGACGCGCAGCUGGAGGAAGAGGACGGACAGGGCCCAGCGACCUUCUUUAGCGUGUUUUAAAACACAAGGCUAUACUUUAAAAUGUAUUGUGCAUUGUGACUGUACACAACUCUGUGGUUUAAAUUGAUGCCAUUUUUCAAUCAGCUUUAAAUAGUAAGUUUGUUGUGGGUUUAAUAUUCUUUAAUAUUUGUAUAAACAACAGAUUAAGUA